AUGAAAGAAGAAAAUCAACAAUAUCAGGUAGCAAACUUGAAAAAACAGAAAUUAAAUCCUGAAGUGAAUUCUCCUACUAGUCAACUGCAACAUAUUCCACCGAUACUUCCAAUGGCUCAUAAUUCAGGAAUGAUUACAAAGAACACAACCAGUAAUAAUAGCAACAACAACAGCAACAAUAGUGCAGUAUCUUCUUCACAUACUGCUACAGCGGCGAAUCAUAGACCCGUGACCUCAUGUUCGCAUUGUAGACAGCAUAAGAUAAAAUGUGAUGCACAUCAAAACUUCCCAACACCUUGCUCAAGAUGUACUAAAUAUGGUCUACAUUGUGAAGUAGAUCCUCAGUUUAAACCAAAGAAAGGUUCACAAUUACAAAUGAUGAGAAGAGAUUUGGAUGAUUUAAAGAUUAAAGUCAAUUAUUUGUUGGCGAAUGAAAACGUGUUGUUUAAACAUAUUAACGAAAAUCCUAUAGGUCGUGAAAAUUUAUUAAGCAGAGCCACAAGUAAUUUUAAUACACCAAAAGAUUUAGCCACACAGACUGAUCUUUCUAUAAUGUCACCUUAUCAAUCAACUUUAGAUCCAACACAUACACCGUUACCACAAUCAGUACUUCCUAAUCAAAAUCAUAAUAAUAUUGAUUCUAAUACUAAUCCAAGCACAAAAAUAUCUGUACAAACAUACUUAGUAACAGAACCUGCAUUAUUGAACAAGAAUCAUAUUAAUGCAAAUGACGACAUUAAGAGAACAACAUCAAACACUUCAAAUGUAUCCACGAUUAUGAGUAAAGGGAAAUCUAAUAAUGAAAAUGCGAUUCCCAAUACUUUACAGAUGGCAUUACAACGUGGUGCACAGACUGAUGAAAAUGUUAUAGCUCAAGUCAAAUCAAAUUCUAACGAUUCAGAACAAUUACCAGGAAAUACAAGUAAUAGCAUUAGAGCCACAAGUAUAGAUGGAGGUCAUUCAUUGAAUAAUAAAAAAUCACCUGUUAUUUUAACAACAGAAACAUUAAACCCAUUACCAUCUCCAUAUACGAAUAUUGAUGAGUUUGUCCUUGGGGAUGUUCAUCUAUCAAUGACAGCUGCGACAAGAUUGCAUACAAUAUUUGUUAAGGAUUAUUUACCUUAUUUCCCUAUAAUGUACACAAAUUCUGUGACAGAAUUAUAUUCUCAGUCUCAAUUAUUGUUUUGGACUGUCAUGCUAACUGCUUGUCUUUCAGAUCCAGAACCUUCCCUAUAUACGAAAUUAAGUGUUGUAAUUAAACAAUUAGCCAUUGAAACUUGCUGGAUGAGAACCCCAAGAUCAACCCAUAUUACUCAAGCUUUACUAAUUCUAUGUAUAUGGCCGCUACCUAAUCAAAAGGUGUUAGAUGAUUGUUCUUAUAGAUUUGUCGGUCUAGCUAAAUCUUUGUCUUAUCAAUUAGGUUUACACAGAGGUGAAUUUAUCACUGAAUUCACAAGAUCACAAACUUCUAUGCCAAAUGCUGAGAAAUGGAGAACAAGAACGUGGCUUGGUAUUUACUUUGCUGAAUUAUGUUGGGCAAGUAUUUUAGGUCUUCCAUCUACGUCAAAGACAGACUAUCUGGUUGAAAAGGCGUUAAAAUGUGAUAUAGAAGAAGAUCCUAUAGAGGCAUCUACAUCUACCACAAUUAACAAACAGACGAAUAAUGAAGACAAAACUAAUGAUAAUGGUACAACAUCUUCUAAUGAUGACUCUAAUGCGUUUGGUGAUGAUAUACCUGAACAUUGUGAGCUCAAAUUGCCAAGUAGAUUUAAAAAAAUGAUCAGCCUAUCUAAUUUUCAGUUGAAACUCUGCAAUGUAAUGGGUUCUAGCGUGACAAGCCCAGAUGGGCUCAUUGGUCCCAAGGAGAGAGCUGGUGCACUUUCUGUAUUGAACAAGGAAUUGGAUACUCUAGCAAGUAUAUCUGGAUUUGAAGAAAAUGUUGAUGUACAUAUUUAUUAUCUAUAUGUCAGGCUAAUGGUUUAUUGUUUUGCAUUUUUCCCAGAGACCCCUAUUGAAGACCAGUCUGAAUAUAUUACAGACUCGUAUCUUUGCGCUACAAAGAUUGUAACAUUGUUAACAAACAUAUUAGAGGUCCAUCAAUUGAUUUCACUGCCAAUUUUUAUAAGGCAGAGUGUAACCUUUUCAGCAUUGAUUCUGUUCAAAUUGCAAUUGACACCCUUAUUACCUAACCAGUAUCUAAACUCUGCAAGACAAUCUAUUGUUACUGUCCAUAGAUUGUUCAGGAAUCAAUUGACGGCUUGGGCUACAGUUGAAAAUGAUAUAUCUAGAACAGCCAGUAUGUUAGAGAAACUAAAUCUUGUAUUGAUCACACAUUCAGAGGUAUUUAUCGAAGAAAAUGGUGUCAUAUCUAGAAUGAGAUCUCAUUUGACGGGCUCAUUAUUUUAUGAUUUAGUAUGGUGUGUGCAUGAGGCCAGAAGAAGAGAGAUGGACCCCAAGUAUAAUGAAGCUGCUCUUAAGAAUGCAAGAGAAAAAAGAAAGUUAAGAAAUAAAGGAAAAAAUGUUACAAAUAAUUGGGAUAAAAAACUGUAUCCAUUACCUCUGUACAAUCAUAUCACCCGAGAUGAUUUCAAGACUAUUACGCAGACAACUCCAGGUGGUACUACAGUGACAACACUUGUCCCAACUAAGACAGCAUUAAAACAUGCAGAAGAGAUGGCCAAGACCAAUGAUAAAAAAGAAGGAUCCGCAAUAGAAAUUAAUGGUAUUCCAUUGUUCAUGUUGGAUGAAACUGGUAGUGUUAAGAUUGAUGAUGUGCUUGCACGUGAUAGUAUGGGACUUGUCUCAUCUCAUAUUGCUACAAACGGUACACAACAGCAUUAUUCCGGUUUAAGUGGUAGCAAACACGAUAGUCAAUCAAGUACUUCAUUCGGUACACCUAAUUCUGACUAUGGCACAUACUACCAGGGGUCCAAUAAUAGUAGCGAUUCUAAAAAUAACAACAAUGGUGUGUUAGCUUACGGAUCCAAUAGAUCUUCAAACAAAACAGAAUCAUUGUUUAGUAGUAAAACCAAUGAUGCGACUAAUGGAGUAGUAAAUGCUCCAAAGUAUAACAAAAAUAUUCAGGCCGAUCAAACCAAUAGAAAGUACUACAAUAAAAUGCCCUACCAGAAUCAAGGAAAUUCAAAUUCCAACAAUUUAAAUGCUUUCUUAAACAACAAAAAACAGCAUUAUUCUAAACAACAGACAUCUAACGAUAAUAAAAAUAAUAAUAACAAUAAAAAUCAUCAGUCCACCCAUAAGAACGAUAAUAAUAGUAAUAAUAUUCACAAAAAUAAUCGUAAUGGUAAAGAGCCUUUUGUCAAUCCGAUUAAUGAUUUCUUCCAACAGCAAGGUGCCGGAUGGACUGAGGGUAAUCUAAGUAACGACGAUUUCUUUGGUUGGUUUGACAUGAAUAUGGAGCCCGAAUUUUAA